CUUGACAGGCACUAUCCAAUUGGAGUCCUGUUUGACCUCCAUGCAUCUAACACUGUCUUACCCUGGAGCAUCACUGUGCACUUUAAGAAUUUCCCGGAGCGUGACCUGCUGCACUGCCCGUCCCACUCUGUGAUCGAGGCGCACUUCAUGUCCAGCAUCAAGGAGGCCGACGCCCUCAAACACAAGAGCCAAGUGGUCAACGACAUGCAGAAGAAAGACCACAAGCAGCUGUGGAUGGGCCUGCAGAACGAUAAGUUCGAUCAGUUCUGGGCCAUGAACAGAAAGCUGAUGGAAUAUCCCACCGAGGACGGAGGCUUCAGAUUCAUCCCCUUCAGGAUAUACCAG